UAAGGGAUUGCUAUUGCUUAGCAAUGAAGCUCAUCUUUGUAUUGCUACUUACAUCAUCACUAAUUUUGGCCAGUGAGGACAAAAAAACAAAGAUCCAGCCUAGGAUCUACGGCGGCUAUCGAGCCAAACCAUAUACAGUCCUUUACAUAGUUGGAAUCGUCCUGGCAGAAAGUUUUACGUCCUCACUUGAAUUUGGAGCCGGUACAGUGAUUUCAAACCAAUGGGUCCUCACAGUCGGGACACUUCUCAAAUAUAGGUUUCUUGAACUCCACCUCGGCUCACGAAGAGCGUGGUGGGGCUAUAAAAUUGCAAGGAUAUACAAGGAAAACUACUACAUCCACCCAAAUAAAUUACACGACGUUGGAUUGAUUAAAUGUCCGUAUAUGAAGUUCAGCGAUCGAUUACACCGGGCACGGAUUCCGCCUAUUCCGGUAAGAGAUGACCGCUACGUGGGAAAUUUAACAUUGAUCUGCGGCUGGGGAAAAAGAGAUAGGCAAUCGAAACUGGAAAAGUGGCUGCAGUGCAUUCAUGUGGUGAUCAUGUCCAACGAAGAGUGCGCAAAGAUUUAUCCCCAGUUGCGUACAUGGAAUGUCUGCACCUCCGGAGAGGGCGAGAAAGGUAUAUGCGAAGGUGACAUCGGCGGACCCGUGGUCACAAUCAGCGACAGGCCCAUCUUAGUGGGAAUUAUACAUAUUUUGUCUGGCUGUAAGGGUUCGUGGCCAUCGAUACACAUACGUACCAGUGAUCACCUUAAUUGGAUAAGGUCCAAGUCCAAUGUAUAUUUUGAUAGUUUCUUUGGCAGAUGAUCACGACAAAAAGGAUAGUUAUACUUGCAGCAUCUGAUAAAUUGAUUAUUUACACCAAUUUUGUUUGUGUCCAAUUAAAUCAUGAAAGAAAACACAUAUAAUUUGCUAUGUUUAAAUAAUGUCCAUUUUACUGGGAUUUUAAAAAUGAAAAUGUACAUUAGAUUUUGGUGUGUAAUAAAUGUAUUUUUAA